GUAUGGAGGAAGGUAGAAACAUUCGUGAACCCCUUUUAAAGAGAGAAGGAGACGCAAACGAUGAAAUCGAAAGAUCAGGGAAAUCUGUGUUACAGUUGGCAAUUGAGGAAAAGGCAGAUAGAAAAACAAUUGAAUCGGUUAUCAGAUCUGGAGCAGAUAUAAAUCUUCAAGAUAGUUUUGGAAAUACGCCAAUGAUUAGUUUGACGUCUGUUGACCAACUGUAUGGUUUCAUAGAUGCAGGCAUUCCAGUUGAGGAGAUCGAGCAAAAAUACAAAUUCUCUACUUUAAAGUUUGUUUUGAAUUCCCCUCAUAAAUCCGAAGAUGUACAAUUCUUCCUGGAAAGAGGAGCAAAUGUCCAUUUUUACAAGGACGUAAAGGAUGGCGAUGGUUCUUUACUAAUUCAAGCUGUACAAAGCAUGUUUCUGGAACAGGACGAUGUAAGGAUUCUAGUAGAACAUGGUGCUGAUCCUCACCAAACAGACAGUUCAGGGUUAACAGCACUUCAACUGAUAUGCAGAAACAGAAAAUGUGCAUAUGACGGCGUCCUUUACCUUCUGGAACGGGGAGUUAGCCCAGACGGAUGUUUGCUGAAUGUUAUUGAAAACGUUUCGAAUUCUGAGAACAAAACCCAUCUUGUAAAACGACUGCUUGAACGUGGUGCUGAUCCAGACGAAGAGGCUAAAAAUAAGAAGUCAAUUCUAACCGUUGCUAUCAAAUACAAUCUGACUGAAAUAAUACAAGAACUUAUGUCCCAUAGAGCCGAUACCAAUUUCGAAGAUGAAAAUGGGGUUAGUUCUUUAGCAUUCGCAAUUCAACAUGAUACAAGAGACAAUGAAAUAAGAUUUUUAAGAUCACUACUGAAAAAUCCUGCACAUGUCCUGAAAUGUUGUUUCAUGACCCAAAUUAAUUAUUUUGCUAUGAGGAGCAGCCAGAUAAUUCCAGAUGAAUCAUUUUCAACGCACGACAGAUUUUAUCGCCAGAUCGACAUAACUGGAAUUUUUCAUCUCCUUGUCGCAGGAGCAGACUUUAUUAUUGACACAACUUUAUUCAGAGAUUUGGACCUGAAGUGUUUUCUACAAUAUGGACUUUAUGAACUUGUACUACUUCUUAUGGAGUGUGGAUUCAAUAUACCAAACACUGUCUCUGAGUUAGAAGACAUGGACAACGAGCUAUAUUUUUUUCCAGAGAACACGUACAUGGAUGAAGAUAUAACGCUCUUGAAUGAAGAAAUGUAUCAUGUACAUGUGUCCAAAGAAAAAAAGUCGAACUUAUUAGCCCUAUUAGAAAAAGGAAAAAGAGAGCCAAAAACCUUACAACACCAGUGCAGGACCAGAAUUCGCAGAGAACUUGCAGUUCAUGGUCAAAGUAUUGUGCCUCUCAUUGAAGAUUUACCAAUAACAGAUAUAUUGAAGUCUUUUAUGAAGUUUAAGCAUAUUCGGACACCUUUAAUAGAAAAUGUGUCUGUGGAUAUCUUUUAUAGACAUCUCUUAUUUUCUGACGUUGAAGAUGAAGAAGAUGAUCCAUAUCAUGACAACGAUUAGAUUGUAAAUAUGUUUUCGAUUGUGAUGAUCAUUUCCACAACAACGUCGACAUUUUUACACAGAACAGAUUCAUUCUAAACGUCGAGACUAAUGAACUUUAACAACUUUUAUGGAGACAAGUAAAAUCAGAAGAAUGUAAAAUAGGAAUUUUAAACCUUUGAAAUGAUUCACUCGCAAUCAUUGUGGUUUUUUUUGUUAUUCACGCGUGGCUCUCAGAUUUUAUUGCCAUUUGUAAUUUAUAACUGGGCUUCAGUCAGUGUGAUAUUCACUUCCUCUUAGAAACGUUUGUAACAAGUCUCACAGCAGAAAACCUGUUACAGCCAUCAUGUUGCUGUCUUUUAAAAUGCAUCACUGCUCCCUAUACAUAGUUGCGAAAUCUAUCAACUCCAUAUAAUAUGACCUGCAUAUUUUUCUUAGUGUUGGCUAAGUCUCUUUUUUCGUACUCGCAAAGGUUUUACUUGCGUGUAGAGGGUAUAAAUUGGUGUGCAUAAUAAAAUAACUACCCAAAUAAAUAACUAGUUAGGUCAAAAGGCCAGACGCUCACUGUCAUUUACUAACUUCUGAAUCUGUCGCACCCUUGUUAGAUUGAUUUAAAUGGUUGAAUAACAAAUAUAAAAUGUACUGUUAUAAACUGAUGUAUUUUCUAUAUGGGGCAUUCCCCGUGUAUGUGCUACAUGUGUUAUAUAUAUAUAUAUAUAUAUAUAUAUAUAUAUAUAUAUAUAUAUAUAUAUAUAUAUAUAUAUAUAUAUAUAUAUAACACAAUGUCAUAACUUAUGUAUGUUCACAUGAGGACGGACGUUAAAAUCCAGAACGCGCUAGUGGAUA